CCGUCUACCCCUUGUUCUUCUUCUGCCUCUUUCUUCGCACUUCACUCACUCACACCCGAGUCACACACACUCCUCCCGCGACGCGAAGCGCUUUCACACCUCCACGCGCGUUUCACUGAGCGCCGCAGGAAACAAUGGGAACGGAGCCGCUUUGUGUCGGACAGAGACAGACGCGCUUCUCUGUGUUUGUUUAGGACUUUCUGCUCAUAGACUCAUAUAUUCAGGAUCCCAUUAUCUCGCUUUAACUACACAAUGGGCUGCUGCAGCGGACGGUGCACCCUGAUAUUUCUCUGCACGUUUCAGUUGAUGGUGGCAUUGGAGAGGCAGGUGUUUGAUUUCUUGGGCUAUCAGUGGGCUCCUAUCCUUGCUAACUUCUUCCACAUCCUGGUUGUCAUCCUGGGCUUGUUUGGCACCAUUCAGUACAGACCUCGCUACAUAGUGGUGUAUACGGUGUGGACAGCAGUGUGGGUGGCCUGGAACGUCUUUAUCAUCUGCUUCUACCUGGAGGUUGGAGGUCUGUCGAAGGACAGCGACCUCUUGACCUUUAACAUCUCGGCACACCACUCCUGGUGGAGCGAGCACGGGCCGGGAUGUGUCCGAGGAGAGAUCUCCUCCAGCGGAGAGCGGGGUGCGGAUACACAGUCCUAUAUAACCAUCAUGGGCUGCCUGCUGGAGUACCAGUACAUCGAAGUCCUCCACUGCGGCUUCCAGAUCCUCACCUCCCUGCUGGGUUUCAUCUACGCCUGCUACGUCAUCAGUGUCAUCACAGAGGAGGAGGACAGCUUUGAUUUUAUUGGUGGAUUUGACCCAUUCCCACUCUACCAUGUCAAUGAGAAACCAUCUCAUCUUCUGUUAAAGCCCGUGCAUCAGUCUUCGUAAAUGAGAGCGUGUCCUGAAGAGAAGCCGUUCUGCCCGUUCCUCCUCUCUUCCGCCUCUCCUCUGUUUAAAGAGUGUCAGCUCUGGAUGAAACACCGCCUCAUUUAGACACUUCUACAAGUGGCUGUAAAGCAUAUCUAAAGAAAAAAGGUCCUGUAUUCUGAGCGGUGUUGUGUGGGGUCUGUGCGCUUGAGUGUGUGUGAGGAGGGCCAGUGUGUGCUGUUUACCUUCACACAGGAUGAGCGCAGUAAAACAGAGGAGCGAGCCGAGAGGAGGACAGACAAAACACAAGACAAAGCCAGCUAAACUCCUGUGCUAGUCAAAAAUAGAAGCAAAGAAAUAACAUAUAAAUACAAGACAGAAUUAGCUUUUCUGAAAAUUGUUUUAUGUCAUAGUGUGAUGUACCAUUCUCAUGAGUCACUCUCAGAUUCAGUUUUAGUUUUUUGUUUUAGAUUUAUGCAGUGAUCCCUGUAUUUGGACACUCAAAUCACACUAAACAUUGUAUAAAUGUCAUGACGUUAGAUCAAAUAUGGGUUAUACACACUCAGUCGGGUUCUUGACUCUAUUUUAAAGAACACUUUAUGCCAAAAAGGUUCUAUAAUACUCUUAAAAAUAAAGGUUCUUUAUGGGCAUUGAUGGUUUCUUGAAGAAU